UCUUCCCUUGUUAAAAAUGGCAGCCGCCAUGAAAAAGAAGUGUGACAAAAUCAUUCACGGCGGGAGAUGAAGAAAAUGAUCGUGGGUGUCUAAAUAGACAAGGGUGAAAGAAUAAUCAAUGAAGUAAACAAAUUAACAGUACAUUGCCAAGAUGACAUCUAUUGUUAAACUCCAAGCCUUCUCUGGUGCUCACAAUGAAUCUCCGCCAUGCUAUAUGUUACAAGUGGAUGAAUUCCGAUUUCUUCUUGACUGUGGAUGGGAUGAGGAUUUUAAUCUUGACUUUAUCAAAGAAUUAAAAAGACACACCCACCAAAUUGAUGCUGUACUGCUUAGUUAUCCGGAUCAUAUCCAUUUAGGAGCCCUGCCAUAUAUGGUCGGGAAGGCCGGAAUGAAUUGUCCUAUAUAUGCCACUAUUCCAGUGUAUAAAAUGGGACAGAUGUUUAUGUAUGAUCUCUACCAGUCGAGACAUAACACAGAAGAUUUUGAAAUAUUCAGCCUGGAUGAUGUUGAUUGUGCAUUUGAUAAAAUCCACCAGCUUAAAUAUUCACAAACUGUACACAUGAAAGGUAAAGGUCACGGCCUACAGAUAACCCCUCUGCCUGCUGGACAUAUGAUAGGAGGCACUAUAUGGAAGAUUGUCAAAGAUGGAGAGGAGGAAAUUAUAUACGCUGCUGACUACAAUCACAAAAAAGAAAGGCAUUUAAAUGGCUGUGUCCUGGAGUCCAUAUCACGACCUUCCUUGAUGAUCACUGAUGCCUUCAAUGCUACAUAUAUCCAGUCUCGUAGACGCACCAGAGACGAACAGCUCAUGACAACCAUUUUACAAACAAUGAGGAAUGAUGGGAAUGUGUUGGUUGCCGUGGAUACAGCUGGCAGAAUGCUGGAGCUAGCACAGUUACUGGACCAGAUGUGGAGGACAUCAGAAUCAGGCCUGUCACCAUACUCCCUGGCGCUCCUCAACAAUGUCAGCUUCAAUGUCGUCGAGUUUGCCAAGUCUCAGGUGGAGUGGAUGAGUGACAAAAUCAUGAGAGCGUUUGAAGAGAACAGGAACAACCCAUUCCAUUUUAAACAUGUAAAGCUGUGUCAUAACCUGGCGGAACUUUCCAGAAUUCCAGAGCCAAAGGUGGUGCUAUCCAGUGUUCCAGAUCUACAAUGUGGCUUCUCUCGAGAUCUUUUUGUGGCAUGGUGUGGCAGCGCCAAGAACAGUAUUAUCCUGACCAAUCGCACGUCUCCCGGCACUCUGGCCCGACAACUCAUCGACAACCCAGAAAACAAGACAGUCACUAUGGAGAUAAGAAGAAGAAUCAAGCUAGAAGGAGCUGAACUAGAGGACUACCUGAAAAAGAAGCAAGAAAAGGAAGCUGAGAUGGCGAGAGUGAAGAAUGAGCAGGAUAAUGACCUUGAUGAUGAGUCGAGUGAUGAGAGCGAGGCUGAGAUGGACAUUGAUACAUAUGCCUCUGGGACCAAAGGAAAACAUGAUCUUAUGAUGAAAGGCGAAGGUAAAAGCAGAACAGGAUUUUUUAAGCAAGCUAAGAAGGCCUAUCCCAUGUUCCCGUAUACAGAGGAGAAGAUCAAGUGGGACGAGUAUGGAGAAAUCAUCAGGCCCGAGGACUACACUAUAUUAGAAGUACCUGUUCAAGAUGAAGAAAUGACCAUGGACAGUGUGGCGCGGGAGGUGGAAUCAAUGCAAGAAGUGUCGGAGGUACCCACCAAGUGUGUGUCUGCCACGGUCACACUCGACAUCAAUGCCAACAUACAAUACAUUGACUUUGAGGGUCGGUCUGAUGGAGAGUCCAUCAAAAAAAUCCUCAGCCAGAUCAAACCUAGACAACUGAUACUUGUUCGAGCUGUGACGGAGGCUACAGAGUCCCUAGCAGACUACUGUCGUAAACUUGAGGGAAUGGUCCAGGGCAAGGUCUUCUCUCCUAAAGUGGGCGAGAUCGUGGAUGUGACCAGAGAGAGCCACAUCUACCAGGUCAGACUUAGAGACUAUGUGGUCAGUGCACUGGACUUCCAGAAGGCUAAAGACACAGAACUGGCCUGGAUUGAGGGCAUGCUGGACAUGAGUCAGGGGAAGACUGAUACCAGCCCAAUGUUCGAGCUGGAGGAAGGCGAGCUGUCCGAGGAGGCAAGAGAAAAGAGGCUGCAGCAAGAGAAAGAGGAUGAGGAGGAGAAGGCUAUGGAUAUAGUACCUACCCUGGAGUCAGUCCAGCCUCACCAGAUCGAGGGGCACAAAGCAGUAUUUGUCAAUGAACCAAAGCUCUCUGAUUUUAAACUGAUUCUGCUACAGGAAGGCUUUCAGGCCGAGUUUAUUGCUGGAGUGCUCAUCUGUAACAGUAGUGUGGCUGUGAAAAGGAAUGAAGCAGGGAAAAUCCAGCUGGAGGGAUCUAUAUGUGAAGACUUUUACAAAAUACGGGAGCUACUGUAUAACCAGUAUGCCAUCGUGUAGAAAUGACACUUCUUCAUCGUGUAGAUCUGGGAAGUCACUUAAUCAUCUGUAUGUCAGGUUAUCUUCGUAUGUCUGGGGUAGAAAUAAAAUGAUGUUGAUGCCGUCAAAACAUUGCCAUCAUGAAGAUCUGUGAAAACAUUUCCUCAUCCUUCUUUAUCAUUGUGUGGAGCUGAAAUCAUAUUUCUGUCAUCGAGACGUCACAUGUGAUAGUUUUGAACUGAACGGCCAUCAAGAUUUGAAUCAUUGUUGAAUUGUGAAUUUGUGUCAUCAUUUCAUUUGUACAGGGAUUUCAUUUGAGUUAAAGUAAGGUCAUAUUCUACAUCAUAGAGUGGACAACACGAGCAAACAGCCGGAAAUAAAACUGAUUCACUGUAGAGCUAAGUAUUUAGAUCCAAAACAUUUCAAUAAAUAAAAACUAUGUGUCAACCUGUUUUUUUAAAAAAAUGUGGAUUAAAGUUACAACAUACUUGUAAUUCCUUAUGAAUUUUACCUCAAUCUAUAGAUACAUGGUUCAUUGGCCAUUAGAAAAGGUAGUAUAAAGUGUUGUGUUUAUGUAGAAAUUAGUCCAAAAGGCUAUUCAACAUGUACUACUAUCUUGAUCCAUGGAGAUUCCAAAGUGUUGGUUUCGGUGUCCAUUAUCUAUGGAGAGGAUAGUCAUAGCCUGAUGAGAACAGCUGUGCUCCAACCAUUAUCAUUGUAUUGUUGUCCAUCCAAUAAAGUCAGUGGUAGCUAGAA